GCACAUAGCUGAUUGUUCAGAUGGCAACACCCUUCACAAUGGCCUACAAAGGAAAAGGUUCCGGUUUUCUGGAGAGGGAAGUUCGAAUGGUACUUGUUGGAAAGACUGGAGUAGGUAAAAGUGCCACAGGAAAUACAAUAUGUGGAGCCGGAAAGGGGGCACAGAUAUUCCAAGCAUUAGCGUGGGCAAUGUCUGUUACAAAGAAAUGUAAACAGCAUUCCUUCAAACGUUUUGGGUACGACUUGCAACUUGUUGAUGCCCCGGGUUUUGGUGACACAAGCAGAUCACCAGAAGACAUCCAGAACGAGGUCAUGAAAUGUGUGGGUAUGUCAUCUCCUGGAAUACACGCCAUUCUUUUCAUUGUGAGAAUAGGAAGAUUCACCGAAGAAGACAAAAAUGCACUGGAAACAUUCCUGAAGUGCUUUGGAAAAGAAGCUAAAAGAUUCAUCAUUGUUGUAUUUACUGGGAAGGAUGACUUGGACGAGGCCAGUGACACCCUUGACAACUAUCUUGGACAUAUUCCAGAGAGACUGAAACAGUUUCUGUUUGAUUCAAGUCUUCGUUAUAUUGCUGUCAACAACAAAGGGACGGUUAGAGAAAAGGACAAAUUUACCAAAGAAUUAAUUUACAAGGUAACAAGCAUGGUUGACAGAAAUGGAGGCAAAUGCUACACAAAUGAAAUGUACGAGAGAUGUGAAGCUGAUCUGCGGGAAGCUGAGAAGAUCGAAAAACUUGAAGAAAAGAGGCAGAAGCUACUCGAGGAGGAACUGAAAAAAGAAGCCGCUGACUUGGAAGAAGAGUUAAAAAGACAGCGUAUUCAAAUGCAAGAAUUGGUGAAACAAUUUGAAAAAGAACGUAGAGAAAGGGACGAAGCAGAUCAGUUGAGAAGACAACUUGAAGCCGUAGAACUGAGACAAAAGGAAGAAGAGGAAAAGAGACGUCUGGAUGAAGAAAAGAAACGACAGGCAGAACAAGAUGAAGCGUUGGAAAACAGGAGAAGAGAACUUCAGAGACGGAUAGAUCUUCAGCAGAAACAGAUGAAAGAAGAUUUUGAGAGUAGGAAAGAGGAGCUGCGACUUGAAGAGGCUCGUAAACAGAUACGAGAAAAGAUUGAAGAUGGCGACAAAAGUUACUUGCAGCGUUUUUGGGGAUGGCUGAUGGAGAAGCUUCCAUGGUAGCCUAACUUAACAACAAGCAAAGGUUAAACGAUAGAAUAUAGUAUCAUUGUUUUUGGGUGUUUCAAACAUAUAAUUUUCAUCACUGUUUACUUUGCCUUUUAACCACCACCUGAAUCCGUGAGACAGAUAAUUACGUUUGGUGUUUGUCUAAAGAUUUCAAAGUGCGUCAUAUUUUUGACAAGAUGACAACUGUAAAGUCAAGAACAUAUCCACAUAUUGUCCAACCUGAA